AUGAAGAUGUCGUUUACAAAGCCUCGGCUGAAUUUCGAGAGCCAAACGGAAGCGCUGCGUCGGAAGCAAGAGAACAUGGAAUACAAAAAGAUUAUUCAAUCCGUCGAUGCCAGUCAGAAGUACGGAAAGAUCGAUCAUAUGGAGAAUUUCGGAGCAGAGCUUCGGGCUGUGAAUCGGCAGUUGAUAAACAUCAUCAACAUUGUGAUAACAGUUGUCGGCGCUUUUUUCUUUGGAUUCUCCGGUGUUCAAUUUGCAUAUCCUCAUUUACAUCUGGAUAUCUCCACUCGAUUCAUUAUAGAAAGCUGGCUAGCUGCUAGUGAUAAUCUUUGCCGCAUCUGCCUCUUUAAGUUGUCAGAUUGCCUCUCAUCCAGUGCCUCUGAUGAGAGUCGGUGUCUUUCGCACUUCAUCCAAGUCCGAGAUGCAGUCUUCGCAAUGAAAACUGUGGACCAUAUGCUGGUCUGUGGUGACUCGAAAGGUCGUAUUUUUGCUUACGAUUGGUCCGAAUUGAUAAAGCGCACAGAUGUUCCACCGAAAACCCUGUUCUGCUUCGGCGCGUUCGAUGGUGCACAGUGCUCGGUUCCUGGUCCACACGAGGUCAAUGGUCUGAUGUACUGCAAUGAAAGAGAACGUCUUUAUGUCGGUGGAGCAGCAGAUAAUGCGGUCAGAGAGUUUGAUGUCAAUGUACCCCACAAGCCCCUGCGGUCUUUCUCCGGACAUUCAUCAACCGUUUGUGAAUUGGCGUCAGCUUCAAGUGAUCAAUUAUUAAGUGCCUCAGCUGACGGAACUGUACGUGUGUGGGAUGUUAGGGGACGUACUGAAAGCCAUGUGAUUAAAGUAGCAGAUGAACCAAGGGUAGAUACGGGAGUUACGGGGAAAUUGGGCAAGUUCAUUCGGGAAGUGUUUGACACGAAAACAGUGAUCCUUGUAAGAGCACCGCUCAUAGCUUUCGAGUGUGGUAAUCGUGCUGUCUGGGAGAACUGGCGAUGA